AUGUGUCUGAUCACGGAAGAAACAGUCAAGUACGCCGAUGGUUAUUCGGAGAUCAAGAAAGUCCUGCAUACCUGCCACAACUCUGUCAACAAACAUCCCUGCAACGACCUCAGGACAGAGACGAGCGAAGAACGCGUGCCUGGAAGUUCCUCACAACUUGUUCGUCAUCCCUCAUCCUCGAGACAUGAUCAACUCGUGCUGCACCAAGACCCACCUCGUCGUCGGCAAGAACCUCGAGAAGAGCGUCAUUACGCUAGUGAAAUCGGUGUGAGGCUUCGCGGCUGGUUCCCUGAGUUCAGUAUCCGCAGGCUGGACAAUGAAGGGAUUGGAUCUCGCAGGAGACGUGGUCAUGGUGAGAGCAGGAGGGCGUCAGGUGAAGUGAUGCCCGAAGCCCCUAUGCCGCCUCCGCCUACGUUCAUACAUCAAUCAAACAGGAGAUCACCGCCUCCGUCUGCAAUGCCAGCACUCGUGACCUCACCCAAUCGUCCCACACCUCCUCAGGGUCCAGGUGCUGCUGCGGUAGCAUACACCACCAGAGAUACCAUUCCAUCGUCUUCGGGCACACCGAGCAGGACAUCGUCAACCAGAAGCAGGGAUGCGCACAGAGCAGUGCAGGACCUGCCACUCUUGACCAUUCCCGGCGGCGAUUCGUCUGUUACAAGCAGCAGACAUCCUCGCCCCACGCCUGGUCUGAGUCGCCUGCGCUUCGAUUCCAGCACCAAGUUCAACGAUUCGACCUACGGAGGAUCAAGCAACAUAUCUCCAAUUGAGGCACCGAAGACAGACACCUUGUCCGAGACGCACAGCAACACUACAUCAGGACGCAGCGCGAGUCAGAGAUACAACUACACGAAUGACAAUGCAGUGGUCGGAAGGAGAGACUACGACACUGAUGAUGAAGAUAAAAAGUCAAAUUCGUCAGAGGGUCGUAAGAGUUAUCGUAUAAUCAGGCGUGUAAGAGGCAAUGAUGAUCCGGAAAUGACGCAGCGCAAGAUGCUAGAAGACACAAGGGCGGCGGAGGAAUACCAGAGCCAGAUGAGUGAGCAGGGUGAUGGAUCGGUUGGGUCUGGCUCAGGAUCGAGGCGCAGGCGACACCACAGGCGUUAA